AUGAAUUUGUCCCAAAGUUGCGCCUCUGAUCUGCGACAGGGUCUCACUGAAGAAUCAGAUGGGUACGCUUCCACGCUUCAUGAUUUGGUGGGAAGCCCAGACCGCAAUAAGUUCUCGGCUGAGGCUUCCACGGACCGCUCGGAUGUCAACUCAUCCACUGGAAGUUUUCGUAGAAAUGCCAGAAGUGUGGAUUUUGAUGCAGACGCCCCGAGCCAAUCCACCGAUAUUGCCACCGGAGCAAGCAGCAAUAUGAGACUGUUUGUGACAGGAACCCAGUCUAACUCGUCCACUAGCUCGGCCCAAGAGGUUCAAGCUUUCAAGUCGUACAUCAACAACGUAGAUUACGUGAAAAAUCAGAACAAUUACUUGAACGAAAACCUCAAUAAUGCCCAACAACGAGUCCCCGAAUCCACCAGCGACGACCAUCAGCUCUUGGAGUCCGACUCCGUCGACGGAUACACCCUUAUAUCGCAAUUUGAAGCCGACGUGGAACGAACCACGCUUCUUUAUCGUGCUGUUGAAAUAGACACUAAUGCCCCGGUUCUCAUCCGAAUUUCUCCCCUAAUAGAAGACAGCAACUCCAUGGUCCGAACUCUUAACGAGUGGUACAUUCUCUCUGGCCGAAACCCACCGGCUCAGCACCGUCUUUGGAACAAUGACAUGGUGGAAAAUGACUUUCUCAAGCCUCAUAGCCGCCCACCUUUGGGCGACAAGAAUGCUGAACGUUAUUUGGCUCAACCCGCAACCUUACCAUUGAAUUUGACUGGAAUCUUGUAUCCAAUUGGCGUGAUCAAUAUGGCGACUUCAGGAAAACAGGGCGGCGGACCGAGACGAAUGGCUCUAAUUUAUCGAGACAAGAAUUAUCUGUCGCUAUUUGAGUAUCACAGUAACAGCAGCAGCGGAAGCGAUACUCUGUUCGAUCCCACCUUGGGAGUGCUUGCGAAUUCCUACAGCGGUCGUUCAUCCAUAUCCGUAGGAGCCAGCACCACCACCAAUGUGCGACUGUUGGGCUCAGGAAGAUUUGAAGAAAUUUCCAAUAAAGUGAGACAGAGUCCACAGCUGCCUCUCAAAGUGGUGGAGGUUCUUGGGGACAUUAUAAAUGUGGUCAAGACUCUCAAAACAGUCCAUGAGCUUGGAAUAGUACAUAAUGGACUCACGUCGAAAAAUAUCUUCAAAUGUGACAACGGAAGAGUCGAAAUCUCAAGCUGGGACUUUUCUUUUAGUGUUCAACCAGAAGACUGCACUAAUGGACACAGAAAGCGGAACCUGACCAACUUGAUGGCAAUCUUGCCAUAUCUUUCCCCAGAAGCUACGGGAGACAUGAACAAGCGAGUCAGCUACAAAUCUGACUUUUAUGCUCUUGGAGUUAUAUUAUACGAACUUAUCGUUGGGGUUCUUCCUUUUCAGGCGCAAGAUGCCGCUACAUUGAUCAGAAUGCAUCUUUUCCAAAAACCAUUGACGCCGGAAUUAUUGGCACCUUCGUGGAUAAAUUCCCAUCUAAGUAAGCUCAUUAUGAAUUUAUUGGAAAAGGAAGACUCCAAGCGACCAACUGACUCUGGAAUAUUGCUCGAAGAACUUAUCCAAGUUAGAAACGAUUACGUCGAUGAGAUCAAAGAUAAAGGCGGCGAGACAUUCAUCAACUAUGUCAAACAAAAUGAGCACAUCAGCCGGUUUUUGAUCAAAGAGGAACCAAAAGAACCUAUGCCCAUGCCUCCUGUCUUUUUGCUUUGUGAAGCAGUGUACGGAAGAAACGAAGAAUACCGAAAAAUAUUCACCACCACUGAUCGUCUUACCGAAGGAGAAAAUGUGGUUUUGAUUUCUGGUCGUUCAGGCUACGGCAAAUCUGUUCUUCUUGGUGACUUGCGUACGGCUUCAAUUGCCAAGACCAACUUUCACUGCAGCUGGAAAUUCAGCAAAUCCGAUGCAAACAUUUCAGUGUACACUGUCUUUAUUUCAGCAAUUUCUUCGAUCGUGAAACAAAUACUCAAGUCGUCAAAACAAGAUAUCGAUAAAUGGAGAGACUUGAUUGUUACAGAGAUUCCACUAGAUCUUGGGGUUCUUUUUUAUCUUGUUCCGGGUCUUAAGCACUUAUUAGGGCCCAAGUAUGCGACUCUUCAUCGCAGAAAGGAUUCAUUAAACCCCAAAGAUGUGACUUCCGAUGAGCCCUUGGAUGACUCAGACGACUCGUCUCUGAAGUUGAAACCAAUUCGUGAUGCUGAUUACCACAAUUUCAGCCUCGAGCUCAAGUAUCGUUAUAUCGUGAAAGCGUUUUUGUCGCUAAUUAGUAUGGAGGGCCUCACGAUGUUUUUGGACGAUAUUCAAUGGUGUUCACCAGGAGAGAUAAGCUUGCUUGCAGAAACGGUCAAAUUCGUCCAAACUCAAAAUAUAACUAGCGGUUCUCCAGGGUACUUGAAAAUCAUCGCAACCAUGGAUUCAGAUACUGAGAAGACAUAUGAUACUGAUUUUGAAGCAUCUGAGGACACACUCGUGGAUUUGUUCAAGAUUUCAGGUGCCAAGGUGUUCGAAUUUCAAUUGAGAGAGAUCUCUAGAGACUCAUUUUCCUAUUUUCUUCAAUCGUCGUUGGUGAUGGAUUCGCCAUACAACUCUGGCGAUGAGGUGGCAUCGUUUGCCAAAGACGAAACCACGAGUUUGUCUUCAAUGUAUGGCGAACAGGUCUCCAGCAUCUCGAAGGACAUACUCAAAGACGAGAAAGUGGAUUCUUUAUCUCUGUUUUUGUAUCACCACCUCAAGGGAAAUGUGCUUUUAACGAAAUACGUCCUCAAAACAGCAUUCAUGGAGGGCAAGAUAAAAUAUCGAACUAAUCUUUACAGCAGGAGAUGGGACUUUGAUUAUUCGAAGUUUAACAUUCCUAUCAAUCAAGACGAUAUUAUAGCCAAUUACCUCUCGACAGCAUUGACUCCUGAAGCCAUGUCACUUAUGAAAUUUGCAGCCAUCACCACAGAGGGUCACUUCUUUCGUCUAUCAGAACUUAUGAUCGUUGCGAAUCUUGGAAUCAAAGAAGUCUACGAAACCGUCAACUUGUGUGUAGAGACUGGAAUAGUAUCACCUGGGGGACCAUUUUACAAACUUCCUUUUCACUUGAUGGCCGAUAGCGAUUUUCCCGUGGAAUUAACCGACUCAGAAAUAUGGAAUUUGGCAAGUGAAGCAGUGUAUAAGUUUGACCAUGAUUCUAUCUUAUCGGCAAUAAUAAGCAGUCUUGUUCUGACGAAUGAACUUCAAGAAUAUCAUCGACUUUGCGGUUUACGCUACUACAAAAAAAUUCGGAAAGAAACAAACUACAGCAUCUCUUCCUAUUUGACCAUGGCAAGCCAUUUUGCAAAAUCAUGGAAAAUUGUGCGCCGUGAUGAUUGCCUGACAUAUUUCAAGGUGUUGGUGAAAGCUGGCAGACUUGCGAUGUCAACCUACAACUUGAGUUCGUCUCUUAUUUAUUUCCAAGUUGCCGACCACUUUAUUCGUGAACUGAAUGUGAAGCACAAAUUGCGUAACAACAUGACAAUGUGUCAGAUCCAAUACUAUUUGAAUAACUAUAAUGAUUGCUUAAGAAUUAUUGAUGAGUCCGAAGCAAAGUAUGGCCUUGACAAGACUCGGUUUGUGAUUUUUAAAGUUCGAAGUUUGAUCAAACUUGGCCGACGCAAAGAAGGUGUCAAUGUUGCGGUCGAGAGUCUCAAUUAUUUGGGUAUUGAUAUAGAGCCAGACGCUACAUUAUCAGAAGACGAGAGGAAUGACAGGUUCAAUGGCCAGAUACCUCUGUCAGCGCUGGAAAUCAGAGCCAUGAAGAAUCUCGAGCUUGCCCAAGAUAAAAAGGUGCUUUUGAUUUAUGAGCUCAUUUCGGAGAUUUUACCAUUUACAUUCUCGACUAACAACUACAAGCUUCGUGACUGUUUGGUGCUAUAUUCGGUUGAUAUGAUGCUCAAAUUUGGUAUCAGUCCUUUCUGUGCAAUUCCGCUUUUGUAUUUGGCCAACAAGUUUGCAAGAGAGUAUACUGAAUCCGGGUUCAUCAAGGCUCUUGAAUACAGCAAGCUUGCUCUUUAUUGGGCCGACAAAAACGAAAAGAAUUCCAUUGUGUAUGUUCAAACCGUUUACGAGUUGUUCGUCAAUUCGUUGGCAGUUUACUUUGAACCGUUGGCCGACGUGCUCAAGUAUUACGAAACGUUCAGUUCUUCACUUCUGGUUUAUUCUCGGCUGAAAAACAUCAAGUUGGCCAGUAGCACAAAUGCUGCGAAAAUCCACCUUUUGUUGCUCAGUGGAGUACCUUUCAAUGCUGUUUUUCCCAGUUGGACCAAUAAUAGAUUUGCUAUUGAAGACAAGUCAGAUUGGAACCAGCUUCUUUUCAAUGGUUUGAAGAUGAUGCAAGGAGGUUUCCUGCUUGAAGAUUUCGAAAAACAAACUGCUCAAUUUGAGCCUAAUCCUGAUAUUUUAUUCGUCAGCAAGACAUGCAAGCUUUAUUAUUUAACAGUGAAAAACAGGGUUGAGGAGCUGGUUCGUAUCGUUGUCGAAAUGAUGGAGGAUUACAUGCCUCAAAUACCGUUAACUUUGCUUCACGUUGAAUUCUAUUUUAUAGCCGGUAUUGCGCUUUGUCAGGAUGCGCAAGGAAUCGACAGUAGUAUCCAAAGAGAUAUGCUAAACGAGAUUGUCGGAAGAGUGCAACUUUUUGCUCAGUUUUCACCUUCAACUUUUGAGGGAAAAUAUCUCAUACUCAAGGCAAUGCAAGAAGCCAAUCUGUCCAAUUAUUCGUCGCUCGAGAUUCUUGACUCUUUUGAGGAUGCUAUUGAAGUGUCUAAACGAAGCAAUAAUUGGUAUGAUGUCGCCUGGGGUACCUAUCUCUGCGCUUUAUGGCUUAUGAAAACUAGUACAAGUGCCAAGCGAACUUCUACUUUUGCAGGAGCAGCACUUGUCGCAUUCAAGAGCUUGGAUGUUGAUUUGCUAGUAGAAGCGGUGGAACUACGUUUGGGGCUGUACAUCAAGAAGUAUAAUUGGGCUGGAGUUGAGUCAAUUGAGGAACCACAGGGCCACUCGUCCAAGCCGUUGAGUCGGGUUUUGAACAGAAUGUUCACUUCUCAACUACCGAGAUCGAAAAGCAUCUCCAAAGCAAACCAUGAUCCCCAGGAAAAGGCGGUUUCCAGAAUCUCCAAUGAUUCGGUAGAGUUAAGAGAGACCGUCAAAGCCUGCCUUAUGAUUUCCGAAUCCACCUCACAAGACGACAUCGUUACAAAGUUAUUGGAAACUACGGUCUUUUAUUCCAAAGUCGAUUUUGGGGCCGUGGUGCUCAAUAGUCAAGGUGACGCCUGCAUUAAGGCAAUCGGGUCGUCGAACAGUAUCAUUUCGUUGGAUAACGAGCCCCUCAGCUCACGAACUGACUUGUGUCCAUUUUCCUUGCUUGUGUAUGUGUUGUACAACGGUAAGGUCGUUAAUAAGGACGAGGACAGGAUAUUCUUUAACAACAAUUUUGGCCAAGACGAAUACUACAAAUCCAACAGAAGUGAUUCAGUCAUCUGCAUUCCGCUCAAGAACGACGAGGGUGUGUUUGGUGCUGUGUACUUGGAAAAAACAGAAGUUGGUAAUUCCUCAACUUAUUUCAGUAGCGAGUCCAAGGAUCUUCUCACGCUACUUUGUUCACAAGCAGCAGUGUCGCUAGCUAAGGCAAGUCUCUAUGAUCGAAUGGCCCUUGCCAAACGGGCUGCUGAGAAUGCUACCGCAGAAAAGGCUAGCUUUCUUGCCAACAUGUCGCAUGAGAUUCGUACUCCGUUUAACUCGCUUCUUUCAUGUUCGUUGUUCUUGCUCGACACCGAGCUUAACAAUACUCAGAAGGAGUAUGUUGAAACCAUCAAGACUUCAGCCAUGCUAACGUUGAACAUCAUCGACGGGAUUCUUGCGUUUUCCAAACUAGAGCAUGGUUCCUUCACGCUUGAAAAUGCUCCAUUUUCUUUGAACGAUUGUAUUGAAAGCGCCAUUCAGAUCAUCGGCGAGCUGGCUUCUGUCAACGAUUUGGACCUUGCCUUCUUCAACAAGUGUCCACUGAUCGAUACAGUCAUUGGUGAUGUGACCCGGUUUCGACAAAUUGUCAUUAAUCUUUUGGGAAACGCAGUAAAGUUCACUUCCAAGGGCCAUAUCAUCGUGACUUUGGUAUCCAACCAGAUCAAUGAAAGCAGAUAUGAGUUUGAAAUUUGUGUGGAAGACACAGGAGUUGGAAUCCCCAAAAAAAGCCAGAACAAGGUCUUUGGAGCAUUCUCGCAAGUGGAUGCUUCUUCACGCAGAAGUUUUGGUGGUUCAGGAUUGGGACUUGCUAUUUCAAAGAAAUUAGCUGAUUUGAUGGGAGGAACAUUAACUUUUAGCAGUGUCGAGGGUAUGGGAACCAAAUUUUUCCUUAAUGUCAAAGCCCAAGUGCACGAGUUCAAAGAGCCUGAAAUACUAGUCUCCGAUGAAAUAGCAGCGAAAAGAGGCAUCAACAAUAAAGCGUUGAUUCUUGAUAAUCACCGUUUGGGCCUGCUUGCGUUGCAAGAGACACUUGAGUUUCUUGGCUUACUGGUGGAUCUAGCCAUGGACUUUGAAAAUAUUAGACGUCCGUUCAAUACCUACCUGAUUGUUUUCGUGGAUCAAAUCUUCUUCGAUACGUUAAAGACCAAAGAAAAUCUUCGAAAGUUGAAAUGCAAUAUCGUUUUGAUUGGACAUUUUGGUAAAGCUUUACCACUAGAAGUGGACAGAGGCACUAUAGCAGUCAUGAUGUGGCCGUUCCAGCGGGCCAAAGUGGUCAAGAUAGUCAAAGCGAUUACUGAGCCAGAACCUCGAGGUCAAGUAGUAAAGGCACUUUCAGAUCUUUCAAUGAGCGACGAAAAGUUGUUGGCAGAUGAGUACCCGCUUCGAAUUUUGUUGGCUGAAGAUAAUAUCAUCAAUAUCAAGGUAGCUCUUCAACAUUUGAAAAAGUUGGGUUAUCAUGCUGAUUCUGCCAAAGAUGGAGAGGAAGCUUUGGCAAAAUGUAUAAGUGCAUUUGAAGAUAAAGGGCCCUACCAAGUGGUAUUGAUGGACAUCCAGAUGCCCAAAAAGGAUGGACUUGCUGCGACAUUAGAGCUUCGUGAGGAAUUUCGAGCUCGAGGACAAGAUACUCAUCUUCCGUAUAUCGUAGCAUUGACCGCUAAUGUUGCUGGAGAAGACAAGCAACGGUCGCUUGAAGUUGGAAUGGUGGAUUUCAUUUCGAAACCAAUAUUGCCCGAGCAGUUGGAGAGGGUUCUCCGUGGGUUAGGUGAAAAGAUAUACCAGCAAAAGGGGUAG